UUUUUUUCCCCAAACUUCAGAGAAGGUGCUUUUUUUCUCCUCCUCUGCCCAUCCCAUCCCUCCCAGUGUUGCUCUCCAGCCCUCCUUCCCUCUGCCCAAACACUGGGGCAGGGAAGCUGAGCACUUGCCCCUGCCUUUCCCUGCCCCUCGCUGCUGCUCCUUCUCCUGCCUCCCCUGAGCAUCCCCUGCCUGAAGUGAUGGAGAUCCAAGCUACUGGGGCCGUGCUGGUGCUGGUGGAGGCCAGGUCCCAGGAUGGCUCAAAGGGCUUAUCACAAGCUGUUGGUCAGUGUUAGGGUUUGCAGGAUGGUUUUGCACCUUUUUGGUCCCUGGCAAAACACACGGGUUUUGCCCAGCAUCUCUAGGAGAAGCCAAUCCCAUUAACUCAAUUUUUUGAAGUAGUUUAAAUGCAAGUUGAUUUGUGAAAUCUUUGGACAAAGUGGUCCCGUCAGGUGCUGGGAGCUGUGUGGCAGCCAGACCUGAUAUUGAAAGUGGAACAGGAUGUUUCCAUGACUUCAUUUUUAAUAUUGUGUAUUCCUGUGAACUCUUUAAUUUUACCACCUUCCCACAAAAGUGCCCCUCACCCCAGCGAUCCCCACCAAGCCCCUCCUGGACUCUCCUGGUCAGCAGAGAGGGCCUUCCCAAGCCCAUGGAGCUGUUUGAAGCCCAGCAGGAAACCAGUUUAACCCCGAUCACCCCAGUUUGUGUGGGGCUGAGCAGUUUGGAUGAGGCCAGCCCCGCCAUCCGAGCACCUCCAGGUCGUGGUGUUGCAAUGGGAACCAGCACCAUGGUGGAAAACCCAGGUUGAACCUCACCAAGCUUUCCCCAGGCUUUGGCCGGUCCCAUGGGAUGGGGCAGCUCCCGACUCCCUCUGCUUUGUCCCCUGGCAGUGUUCACCCCACGGGUCAUAGGGACGGCGGUGGCACGAUACAACUUCGCGGCGCGGGACAUGCGGGAGCUCUCGCUGCGGGAGGGCGACGUGGUGAAGAUCUACAGCAGGAUUGGCGGGGACCAGGGAUGGUGGAAGGGGGAGACCAACGGAAGAGUCGGCUGGUUUCCCUCGACGUACGUGGAAGAGGAAGGAGUGCAAUGACUGUGGGGAUGGCCCAUGGAAAGUCGUCGAGCGCCCAGAGCCAGCCGCUGCAGGCCGUGCACGCUUGUCCCGGUGCCCGUGGCUCCCCGAGAAGGAGGGGACGUGGCCGGACGCCUCCAGGACGGCUCUCGCAGACUCUUUAGCAACCCGUUCCUCUGUACAGUCUGUGCGCGCGCGUCAGGGCCGCCCCCGGCCUGGCUCCUCUCCCUGUAUAGAAGAUUGAUGGUCUGUGGGAUACCGAUGGUGUAGCAGUCCCAGAAGAGUCCCGGGAAGGCCGCGCUCUCCUGCAUGGACAGAGCUGAGAGACUCUGUGCGGCGCCCACCCGGAGCAUGGGGUCCAAAACCCUUUUCAGUAAAGGUGUUUUAAAAGCCACCGUGGUGAUGGUGGUGGGAGGGUGAGGCUGAAGGUUUGCACCCGGGCCUGGUGCCUGGGUGUGCCGAGGUGAGGAUUUGGGGGUUUUGAAGGGGAGGGAGUGACCUGGCCUCGAGGAGAUGAAGCGGGAUCCCUCAUCACGCUGCUCGGGUGGGCUCCCUGGGUCAGGAUUUCGGUGGUCUCCUUGGCAGCCGUGUGGCCGGGGCGAGGGGACAGAGCGGGGACACCCGAGCCAGGAGGAGGCAACAGCUCUUGCUCGUCUCUGAAGGAUGCCAGCUGUGAAACCAGGAGCGCGUUUUGACCAUCAGACGUAGGCUAGAAGUGGAACCUCCAGGUCAGACAGGGGAGGAAAGAGCCACUUUGGCUUCCCGAGCCUGUUUUUUUCACAACCACCUUCAGUCCCACCAGCCUUGCUGGGGCAGACUGGUCCCACUGGUGGGCAGGAGGUCUCAGCGCCUUGAGGACUGGAGACGUGCUUUGCCACACAAGGGUUUUGGAGGCCACCAAGGCACCAGGUACACGCAGAGGAGCAGAUGGGACCGUGCGUCCGUGGGUCUGUCCUGCCCUUGCUCCCAGCUUGGGUUUGCUGUGGGCAGGACCCCCCUUCCUCCAAGCCAGGCUGGUUUUUCUUGCAGCUGAGUUCAGGGGGGGGCAAACCCACCUGAGUAAGGGCUAAGGUAUGGACUCCUGAUUUCUCUCCCCAAGUUGUGAAAGCAUCUGUUCUUCCCCAGCUGUGUGCACUUUGGGGGGGCUGUGAGCGUUGCCCCCUCCCUUCCUCCCACAGGCUGUUACUGCUGCUGCUGUCAAGUAAAGGUCCGUCUGUCUUGG